CGACGACAAGCGCGACGAGUGCGCUGUCGUGAGCGAUACCCUGGACGAUGCCACAGUCCCUCCCAUUCGAGUCUCCAGGGGCUAUCUCUGAGCUCCCUUACGUCUCCUUCCUUCUCGCGUACCCCCACCCCGCGUUCCUGCUGCCUGCCGUCGUCGCUCCAGGCAAACUCGCGCCUUCUCUAGUACCAACAUGGUGCAAUCCGAUGCUCGUGGCACUCCUGACUGGCUCGCGUAGUGUCAAGAAUAGUCGUCCAGUCACGCCAGACGGUCAGCUCGCCACAUCUUUCGUCGAAAGCCUCCGGUCAACAGAGGUACGACGAAUUGGCGAGUGGAUGAUGAGCGACGAUCCGGACAUUCUCUUGACGAUGCGGCCACUUUGGAUAGACCAAGACCACCCCGACAUUCAGCUCCAGCUCACGAAAACGAGACUGGGCAAGGUUUGGGUCGUCACGUCUGUGCCACGUUCUCCGCUGCCCCCGAUCCCAAGUACGCCGACCACUAUUGCCCAGAGACGAGCGCGCGACGAGGAUCUGAGGAUAUCGCUCAAUUUGAGGCAGCAAGCAAAUUUGCAGGUCACGAACUUGCGCGACAGUAGUAUGGUCGCCAUGGUCGAGUCGUUCGAUUGGGCAAGUACGCCACUGGGCCCCCGAGAGAGUUGGCCACAAAGUUUGAUCACAUCGCUGGGCGUCUGUCUGUCGUCAUCAGUACCGGGCGCGGUAUGGUGGGGAGAGGAAGCUGUGAUAAUCUACAAUGACGCCUACGUACCUACGGCAGGUUCGAAGCAUCCGCGAAUAUUUGGGCAAGCUGGCUCCGUCGCUUGGAGUGAGCUAUGGGAAGAAAUCGGCCCGAUUGUCAAGAAUGUGUUUGACGGAGCAAGUGUCUGGAGGCAAGAUGACCUCUUGCUUUUCGAGCGAUUGACGAAUGCUGGAUUACCUGAAGAAAACUACUACGACUGGAGCUACCGACCAGUCAAUCAGGAAGACGGUACCAUCGGUGGAAUACUGAACGAUUGUUUUGAUACAACGCAGAAGAUACUCGGACAACGCCGUAUGCGCUGCCUGAGCGAUCUCACAGGAAGCACAGGCCUCUCCUCCUCGCCCACCGAAUUCGCACAAUCCGUCAUCCACACACUUUCUCGUGAGGCUUACGCCCGUGACGUACCCUUCGCGGCUUUAUACUUCUGUUCUUCUUCUGGCCCCACGAGCACCGCGCCAGCCGCCGCUCCAUCUCCCGCCACAAAACCCUCGGGGAUCGUCCACGUCGAACCCGUCUCGACACAAAUCACCGUCACGCUCACGCUCGCAGGCACAAUCGGCAUACCGGAUGGACACCCUGCUGGACCGGAAUCGGCGAGCUGUAUCGUCGAGCUGGCGUCGCAAGUGCCCGUGUCGCCACAACUGCUGGGUCUGACGGGAUUGCAGACUACUGACCUGACGACGUCGAUUUCGUUGGGUCAGUCGAGAGAUUACAUCACGAGUAAGGACGGGAGGAGGGCUUCUGCGGUGGCACCAAGCUCUACCAGCACUGCUACAAGUUCAGGGAGCAGUACUGGGACCGCGACUGGCAUCCUAGGCGCAAAUCCGACCUCUCCCGCUUCUGUUUCUGGGAAAGAUACUUGUCCGUGGCCAUUUGCGGAGGCGUUAUUGAGCGGGCGUGUCAUGCAUCUCGAUCAUCUACCAGAGUCGGUCACGGAGGGAUUGAUCAAGAGGGGAUGGGGAGAUGAGCCACGAGAGGCUGUUUUAUUGCCGAUCUCGUUGGAGAGUGCGAGGAUUCCUAAUGCGGUGCUGAUUUUGGGAUUGAAUACGAGGCGGCCGUACGAUGCGGAAUAUGCGUCAUUUGUGGACAUUACGAGGUUGACGCUGAGCUCGACGUUGGGAGCUACGUUAGGAAGGGAGGCAGAUCUGCAGCGAGCAGAGCACUAUGCUCAGCUGGACGCGGCCAAAACCGCGUUCUUUUCGAACGUAUCGCAUGAACUCCGAACUCCACUGACUCUCAUCGGCGGUCCACUGGACGACGUGAUCGCUGACCUCCCCGAGGGCCGAACACGUUCGAACCUCAAGCUCGCAGCGCGAAACGUCCGCCGGCUUUCCCGCCUCGUCGACUCCUUGAUGGACUUCAGCAAACUCGCGGCAAACAAACUAGAGGGACACUUCCAGCCAGUUCAACUUGGAAUAUUUACGGCGGAUCUUGCUUCGCUGUUUAGGAGUCUUAUAGAGAGGAGUGGGAUUCAGUACGAGAUCGUCUGCGAUGAACGUGUGACACAGCCAUUGUGCUAUAUUGAUCCAGAUUUCUGGGAGAAGAUCGUCUUCAAUCUCAUCGGCAACGCGUUCAAGUAUACAUUCACUGGAACGAUUACUGUGCGCGUAGGAUUCACGUCGACACAUGCGGUAUUUUCGGUGCAGGAUACUGGUAUUGGGAUCUCUGAAAGAGACCAGUCGAAGAUAUUCGAUCGGUUCCACCGAGUCCAAUCUGUUAGUCGUAGUCAUGAGGGUACAGGUAUCGGCCUGGCUCUGACGAAGGAAUUGGUCGGCCUUCAUGGGGGAGAGCUCGCCGUAGAGUCUGCUACGGGUGACGAAGAGCACGGUAGCAAGUUCACUGUCAAACUUCUUCUGGGCAAAGAACAUCUCCCCAUGGCCAACACUCUCGACGUCUCCUCAACUCUGAACCGCCAAGGAUCCUACGCCAAAAACAUAGUAGAAGAAGCUAGGAUGUGGUCUAUGAAAACCUCUGGUGCGAGCGUCGAAGGCUCGACGCCUAGUGAGUCGGAGGGAUCUGGGUCUUCGGAUUCGUCUGGUAGCACGGGUCCAGGAAGGUUUGAGAUGUCGUCGUUGGUGUUCUCGAAGUCGGAUGUGGUUCUUUUAGUGGACGAUAAUUUGGAUAUGAGACGAUAUAUCAAAUCUAUAUUAGCACCGUAUUGCACCAUAAUUGAGGCGAAUAACGGAAAAGAAGCGCUGGAGACCGUGGCGCAUACAACACCGGAUCUCAUCUUGUCCGACGUUAUGAUGCCAAUAAUGGAUGGUUAUGCGCUUUUACAUGCUCUGAGGGCCCGGAAGGAGACAGCAAUGACACCGGUAAUCCUGAUCACCGCGAAGUCCGAUAGCGAAGAGACAGCUGAAGGACUGCUUUCUGGUGCGGACGACUACCUCACGAAACCUUUCAAGAGCUCGGAGCUGGUCGCCAGGGUGCACCUGCACAUGAACCUAGGAAAGAGCAGGAUAGAGCUUGAGGCUCGCUUCCAAGAGAGAACGCGUGAGCUAGCACAAUUGCUGGAGCUGAGCCCUGUCGCUAUCAUCAGGUCUGCCCGCGAUGGCAGCAUACUCUACGUCAACCCCGUAUGGUACGAGAUCUCCGGGCGCAAAAACGGCAGUCCUCUGGAUGAAUGGCCUGAAAGCCUACUGGAAGAAGAUUUUACUACUGUCAUGGACUUUUGGAGACGCAUCCACAGGCCUCCAGCACCCGAGGCAGAGCCCGAUGAGAAAAAUCUUCUGUUAGACUUCCGGUGGAGAAAUGGGCGCUGGUGUCAGCUACAAGCUGAACGCACUGAAGGAGGAGGUACACUCUGCAGUAUCACAGACACCAGCCACCAGCGGCUAUACGAGGCCCAGAAGCUUGCGUACGCACAGGAACGGGAGGCGAUCGCGGCCCGGAGGGCUGAGGAGGCGGAUGAACGUAGAAAAGAAGCCGAAGAACGACGGCGGGGCCAAGAACUACUGAUCGAUGUUACAUCUCAUGAACUUCGACAGCCGGUAUCGGCGAUCAUCAACUGCAGCUCCCUCGUACGAUCUAAUAUGACUACUCUGAGGGACACGCUCUACGAGUGUCUUACUUCUCAGUCUUCGUUUGUACCUGAAGAGCAGCUGCUGGAGACACUCGACGACGACCUUGAGGCCCUAGACUCGAUAUAUCAGUGUGGACUGGCUCAAGAACGCAUCGCCAACGACGUCCUUUCCCUAUCGAGGAUACAGUUGAACGUUCUCAGUAUCCACCCGGGCCCGUUCAGACUUGUGUCGGAAGUGAGGCGAAUAUGCUCCAUCUUCCGAAACGAGGUGAAGAUGAAAAAGAUCAACCUGGAGGUUGGGUUUGGUGAAUCACUCCCCCUUCUCGGCCUCUCGUACGUCGCUUGCGACAAGGCCCGGUUCGGACAGGUCAUCACGAAUUUGAUGAGCAAUGCCAUCAAGUUCACAGACACCUCCGCGGGCAAACGUGAUAUCAUAGUCAAUGUGGAAGUGGCAUUGAGCGAACCACCCGACGGAAGCUGCAAAGCACCACCACUGCACAUUUCGCAACCUGGAUAUGUAGUCCCUCCGAAUACCCCGGUCUACAUCUACGUUUCCGUCACGGACUCGGGACCUGGACUACAACCAGAUGACCUAACUUUGCUGUUCAAACGAUUCCAGCAGGGAUCGAACUCGCACGACGUCUUCGGUGGCUCCGGCUUGGGUCUAUUCGUCAGCAGAUCCUUGUGCGACUUAAUGGGCGGUCGAAUUUCGGUUGACAGCGAGUACGGCCAAGGCGCCACAUUCAGGUUCUUCAUCAAGUCGCUGGCAGCGCCCACACCACCAGUCGGCCUCGAUUCUCCCGCCUUGUCAACUCCGAGCAGUAGUAUCAGCCCUGGAUCACCGUCUGAAGCAGUGGAUUAUGUGGCCGUUGCCGGCGCGGAAUACCAUAUCCUCAUCACGGAGGACAAUAUCAUCAAUCAGACUGUACUGAACCGCCAGCUGAAAAAGGCCGGGUGUUCGACAGAGCUUGCGAGUAAUGGAUUGCAGGCGAUCGAGCGCGUUCAAAAACUGGCCACCAUCAACGACGCAAACGGUGUUCCGCGACAUUUCGACGCAAUCCUUCUCGAUGUUGAAAUGCCUGUUAUGGACGGAUUGACCGCUGUCCGUCAAAUUCGGAAGAUGGAGGCGUCGGGAGAGUUGCCUGGGGGGCGUAAUUGGAUAUUCGCACUCACAGGCAAUGCGCGCGAGGGGCAGAUAGAGAAUAUCCGGAAUGCCGGUAUGGAUGAUGUCUUGAUUAAACCAUAUCGCAUAGACGAUAUCAUGGCUAGGAUUCGAAGUACCCGCCGGAGUCACGGACCCUGACCGUGAUGCUCUUAUUUUUUCUUUCUCCUCGGUGUUGUGUCUGUCCUUUUGUUCCGCGGAAACCCAUGUCAUCACUACUCCCGCGUUGCUUUUCGAUCUCUUGGAUGUACUACUAUAUCUAUUUUUCAGUGGCCGCGACCGCUAACUACUAGGCGACUGUAGCCAUAUUUCCCUGUUCACAGUACAUCUAUUGUAGCGCCUACUAUGGCAUUUACCUGGGUCAUCCUUUCUUCACCGCUCUUGUCACAUACCAUGCCAUUACCACCUCUUCCGUCUCUGCCUUUGCGCAUAGACAUGCCGUUUCGUAGGGCCUAGGCACGCACCUUCCGUUAAACCCGUUCCGGAAGCAGACAAAGGUUAAAGUACGCGUGGACGCACGUGGCGAGUGGGGUUGCGUUGGAGUUUUCCCGAUUCAGCGCCGUUUCCGGCGCCACCUCUACGACGUUGUGAUCGGAUCUUCAAAGCCAUAAAUUUCGAGAGCUCAUUGUCGACAGCAUUAGCGGACGCACUCUCCAAGCUGUUCUUCUCGACGUCGACGAUAGACCGACACCGCACUGGGCAACGACGCCCUCCCAAUUUUCCUCCUCGAUGACGGCCGUGCAAGAUCUUCCAUACGCAUCCUACUUGUUCAAUUACUCAUUCCCUGCCUUCCUCCUCGCCGCCGUCAUCAGUCCCGGCAAGGGCGCGCUUGCCGUCCAGCCCAAGUGGUGUAACCCUGCACUGGCUUCUCUUCUCGUCGGGUCCAAGAGUACAAGUUUCAAUUACGACUCAAACGAACGACUCGCUACUGCAUUCAUCAGCUCUCUCUCCGCAUCUGAGGUCCGCUCGUUUGGGCAGUGGGCAUCUGGAGACGAACCCAAAUGUAUCCUUAGCCUCAGGCCGGCAUGGAUUCCCCAGGGCGUCGACGAUAUUCAGCUCGAAGUCGUGAAGACUCAGAUGGACGCCUACUGGGUUUGCACGACCGUGCCGAGGACAACCCUACCGCCUCUGCCGAGCACGCCGAGGACGAUAGUGCAGCGAAGAACAAGACAGGAAGCCGUCCGUAUGUCCCUCGAUCUCAAUCCCCGCACUACUCUCCGUAUGUCCAGCCUUCGUGGCGGUACUAUGGCGGCGAUGGUGGAGACGUUCGACUGGGCGAGCACAUCUCUCGGUCCUAGAGAGAGUUGGCCGGAGUGUCUUGUCGCGGCAGUGGGCAUAUGUCUUUCUUCUUCCAUUCCGUCCGCUAUCUGGUGGGGGAAGGACACGGUGUUGAUCUACAACGAUGCUUACGUGGCCACCGCUGGCUCGAAACAUCCUCACAUAUUCGGCCAGGCAGGGCCUUUAGCUUGGAGUGAGCUAUGGGAGGAGCUUGGGCCGGCUGCUCACCGCGUGUUCGAAGGCGAAAGCGUUCGCAAACAAGACGAUGUCUGGUUUCUCGAACGGCUUACCGAUGCAUUCCUUCCGGAGGAGAACUAUUACGACUGGAAUUUUAGGCCCAUUUAUAAGGCAGACGGGACGGUGGGCGGGCUUUUGAACGAUUGCUUUGAUACGACACAAAAGAUCCUUGGACGGCGUCGUAUGCGCUGCUUGAGCCAACUAACGGACGCAACAGGUAUCACAGCAACCCCCGAGGCUUUCGCCGACGUCGUAUUGAAGACCCUUGAAAACGAUAACUACGUCGAGGAUAUGCCCUUCGCCGCGUUUUACUUCUGCUCUGCUGCUCCAGAAGCAUCACGCGCGACAUCUCCGAGACCGUCAGGGAUCCUUCGUAACCUCGACGAAGAGUACGCGGGAGGAAUACCGAUUACCUUGACACUUUCCGGAACGAUCGGAAUUCCAGAGGACCAUCCAGCGGCGCCUAGGACAACAAUCUGCGUUGCUGACGUGAGUCCAACGCUCGACGUGUGUGCUCCUCCUCCUACAUCGAGCCUUACACAUGAGCAGAUUGGUGGCGGAUCUUCCCGUCCUGGUUUGCUUUCCUCUUCGAUACUGCUGAGUGCUCCGGCAGAUUACACGAGCGCUCAACAAUCCAGACACGACUCAUCUUCUACAGCUCCCACUCUUCGACGGAAUAGAGCGACUUCCGGUGAUGGUACACCUGUCCCGCUCUCUACGCCUCCUCCGUCGUGCGUGUGGCCGUUCGGGGAGGCGCUCGCACACCGUCGUGUUCUGCAUGUUCCCUUCCUCACCGAAUUGGUUACUGAUGGUCUCGAGGGCCGAGGGUGGAAGGAUAAACUUCGGGAGGCGGUAAUCAUCCCUAUUGGCUUUGACGAUGCGAAGCUGCCACAGGCGGUCCUCGUCUUGGGAGUCAAUACGAGACGACCGUAUGACGCGGAGUAUAAGGAGUUUCUGGACAUUAUGAGAUUGUCGUUGACUUCGACGUUGGCGGCGACGCUGGGGAGAGAGGCUGAGGUGCAGAAGGCGGAGUACUUCGCACAAUUGGAUGCGGCGAAAACCGUGUUCUUCUCAAACGUCUCGCAUGAACUCCGGACGCCACUCACACUCAUAGGCGGCCCUCUCGACGAUGUCAUCUCCGAUCUACCAAACAGCCGAAUGCGGGCAAACCUCAAGCUCGCAGCCCGGAACGUUCGUCGGUUGUCGCGGAUCGUCGACUCUCUGAUGGACUUCAGUAGACUGGCGGCGAAUAGACUCGAAGGUCAUUUUCAGCCGGUGCAGCUUGGCGUGUUUACGGAGGACCUUGCGUCGCUGUUUCGAAGUCUUAUCGAACGCACGGGAAUACAGUACCAUGUUAUCUGCGACGCAGACCCGCAUCAGCCGAGCUGCUAUAUCGACGCUGACUUCUGGGAGAAGAUCGUUUUCAACCUCAUCGGAAAUGCGUUCAAAUACACAUUCGUUGGGUCCAUUACGAUCCGUAUCGAGCACACCGAGACGCAGGCGAUCUUUACCGUCGAGGAUACAGGCAUCGGUAUAUCACCAGCAGACCAGGAACGAAUCUUCGAACGCUUCCAUCGUGUCCCCUCCGUUGCUCGAAGCCAUGAAGGUACCGGUAUCGGUCUAGCACUCACCCUGGAACUGGUCAACCUGCACGGUGGAGAGUUGACGGUCGAGUCGGUCACGGGUGAUGCCGAGCAUGGCAGCAAGUUCACUGUGAAGCUUCUCCUCGGAAAGGAUCAUCUUCCGAAGGAUCAGAUGAUGGACCGCACCAUCUUUUCUGCCCGUCAUGGCCACUACGUGCGGGACUUUGUAGAAGAGGCGAAGAUGUGGUCUGUCCAUUUGCCACAGUCGGAAGGGACGACGCCCAGUGGCGAUUCGGAUAACUCUACGAGUUCUGAUACAUUGAGUACGAGUCCGGGCAAGUUCGAUAUGUCUGCUUUGGCAUUUUUGAAGUCGGAUGUUGUGUUAGUGGUCGAUGAUAAUCCGGAUAUGAGAAAAUAUACCUUAUCUAUUCUUUCCCAUUAUUGUACUGUUGUGGGAGCCAACAAUGGACGAGAGGCUUUGGACAUAGUUGCCAAGACGAAGCCGGACCUGAUUCUUUGUGAUGUCAUGAUGCCUGUGAUGGACGGGUAUGCGCUGAUCAAUGCUCUCCGCGAGAACAAGGAAACUUCUUUGAUACCUAUCAUCGUUAUCACGGCGAAGUCGAAUAAUGACGAGACUGCGGAGGGAUUGCUCUCGGGUGCAGACGAUUUCCUCGCGAAACCAUUCAAGAGCUCGGAACUUGUGGCGCGCGUUCAUCUACAUAUGAACCUUGGAAAGGCUAGGAUCGAGCUCGAGACCCGCUUUCAAGAGCGAACCCGCGAAGUAGCUCAACUCUUGGAGCUGAGUCCUGUGGCUAUACUGAGGUCUGCACGGGACGGAAGCAUCGUAUAUGUCAAUCCUCGGUGGUAUGAACUUACGGGACGUGCAAGAGGAAGUCCUCUAGAUGAAUGGCCUGAGAGCGUCUAUAAUGAAGACUUGGACAUGGUCAUGGGUUUUUGGAAGACCAUACACGCGCCUGCGAUACCUGAUUCCGAAGAGGAAGCCAACCACGAACCUCUUAUCAUUGAUUUCCGUUGGAAUAACGGAAAGUGGUGCCAAAUGCAAGCAGAGAGGACCGACGGUGGUACAUUGUGUAGUCUUACGGAUAUCACCACCCAACGGAUGUACGAAGCGCAAAAGCUGGCACACUCGCAAGAACGAGAGGCUCUUUCGCGACGGAGGGCUGAAGAUGCGGACCGGCAAAGGAAGGAAGCUGAAGAGCGGCGACGAGGGCAAGAGCUGCUCAUCGACGUCACGUCGCAUGAGCUUCGACAGCCUGUGUCGGCCAUUAUCAACGGGAGCUCGCUCAUUCGUUCCAACAUGAACUCUUUGCGGGAAUUUAUAUCUCAAUGUGUGAAGGAUCAGGUAUCGUUUGUUCCUACGUCACAGACGUUGACGACUCUCGAUGAAGAUAUGGAGGCGUUGGAUUCUAUAUAUCAGUGCGGGUUGGCACAAGAACGCAUCGCCAACGAUGUUCUGUCGCUAUCCCGGAUACAGCUAGACAUGCUCAGUAUCCGCCCUGGGCCAUUCAAUCUGAUCAGUGAGAUUCGUCGUAUAUGUUCAAUCUUCCGGAACGAGGUCAGGAUGAAGAGUAUCCAGCUUUCCAUCGAAUUCGGAGACUCGUUGAAAAUGCUUGGUGUGACCAACAUCGUGUGCGAUAAAGUGCGGUUCGGCCAGGUCUUAACCAACCUCUUGAGCAACGCCAUCAAGUUCACGGAUACCUCGACAGAUAAACGAAUCAUCUCUGUACACACCGAUGUCGCCCUAGAACAACCUCCUGAUGGCAGUUGCCAACCUCCGCAUAUACACGACACACCGGCCGGUUAUGGAGUGCCACCCAACACGCCCAUUUAUGUCUAUGUCUCGGUUGCGGAUUCAGGCCCUGGACUUAACCCUGAGGACCUUUCUCAGCUAUUUCAACGGUUCCAGCAGGGAACUCACUCCCACGAAAUAUUCGGCGGAUCAGGACUGGGCCUCUUUGUGAGCAGAUCGCUCUGUGACCUUAUGGGAGGACGGAUCCAAGUAGACAACAAUUAUGGCGAAGGCGCCAUUUUUCGCUUCUUUAUUCAGUCUAUGUCCACCGAUCCUACGCCACCACCUUCUCCGAGUCCAUUGAGCCCCUCAAAUGAAAUUUCUAACGCUCUAUGGAGUCCGAUCUCGUCCAAUACUUCCGAACUCGCGAUGGAUUCUGUGCAAUACCAUAUUCUUAUCACCGAGGAUAAUCUCAUCAAUCAAACGGUGCUCAGUCGCCAGAUGAAGAAGGCUGGAUGCACUACAGAGCUAGCGAACAACGGACUGCAGUGUAUACAACGCAUCCAAAGCCUUGCUUCCGGUCGAGGAGGGCCGAAUGGCCAGCGACAGUUCGAUGCGAUCCUUCUUGAUAUCGAGAUGCCGGUCAUGGAUGGACUGACAGCGGUCCGCCAAAUCCGGGCUCUGGAGGCGACGGGCGAACUUCCUGGUCCGCGGAACCGCAUAAUCGCGCUUACGGGCAAUGCGAGGGAGGGGCAGAUAGAGAAUAUCCGGAAGGCCGGAAUGGACGACGUCCUUAUCAAGCCCUAUCGGAUAGAAGAUAUCAUGGCCAGAAUACUGAGUUCACGCCCAGAUUCAGAAUGAAUUUGACUUGAUCCACCAGCUUUUCUUCGGACUCCAGCUUUCUUUUGCAUCUUGCUUACAUCCACGACUUUAUUCCCUUGCACACGAAAUGUCUCAUAUUGUCUCUAGUCCGCAUUUCUUCAUACCAUUACCACACUCUUGAUACCUUCUAACCUGUUAUCAUGUUUGCCUAUCUACACCUUGCUCUCGCGCCAGCAGACACGCUUGCAACCCUUACACAUACCUUCUGCGACGAACAUUCACACGUAUGCUGUAGUUUUCAAUUGUCAUUUCACUCCGGGUUAUCAUGGUUCUUCAUCUGCUCAUUCAUGUUUUCAUUCCGCAUCAGUGCCUUUGUACACGCUGUCCAACUGUAGUAUAAAUUGCAUCAUUUCCCGUCUCUUCGUCCCCGCAGUCCUUCCCAUAUUAUAGGUCAUAUUCAC